GUUACUCACAACAAAAACAAACAGAAAAACUCAUCAACCCAAAAACCACUUUACCUUAAAGCUCAAACAUCCUCGUAAAAACUAGAAGGGGUUGUCGUGUUGUGAGUGUUGAGUUGAGUGUUGAGUUGAGUGUAAUUUGUAUAUCAUCCAAAGGUAGCAUGAGUGGGAAAAGAGAGACAAUAAUGGGAGCAAAGAGAUUAUCUUCUCACCCCUUUUGCGGCGUUUUGAAGACGUGUUUCUCAGGUGGAAGAAGGUACGAUUAUGAAUAUGUGGAAGGAAGUGGUGGAGGGAGAAGGAUAUUUGCGAGUGAUGAAGACAGAGAACAUUGGGUUGCAGAGCCUGGUAUUGACAGAAAAGCUUCUGAUUUCAUUGCUAGAUACUAUGCCACACGUGUCACUGACUCUCACCGCCAAUUUGCAUCUUGAAGCUGGUUGCACUUCUUCGUUUCUUUCAUUGCAUGCAGGCGUAGCUCUCUCUCUCUCUGACCAAUUAUUACUCUCGUUCUCGCAGCGUAGACCUCCAAAUGUUCCAUCAAUUCGUUGUAGGGAUGGGCUCGGGGUGUGGAUCCAAUAUUUGUUAGUUGAAAUAAUUUUUUUUUUUGGUUCGUCCUUAGAGUAUCCACCGCCGACAGCAGUGACUAAUCUCCUUGCUAGGUUGGAGACACUUUAAAGGGUGGGAUAGCUGGCUCCAAGAUUUAACGCGGCUGCAUACACAAGGCAGGAUUCGAACCCCUGACCUUGCUUAAGCGUGGAUCAAUCCCUACCGCUGAACCACACGCUUGGAGUUAGUUAAAAUAAUUUGGUAAUUAAUAACAUAAUUAGUUAAAUAUAAGUGUGGGUUUUUUAUCCUAACAAAGUUUUUCUUUGCUUUUUGUU